GGGCAUUACAUCACAUGAGUGACCACAAACUCGAUUCCAAAUUAGGGAAGGUUGUUCAGCGAUUGUAUGGACUCUCCGGAGAAUGGGGACCUUUUAUGAUGUUUUAAAGAGAAAAAAAGGCCUUCUAAAAAAUUGGCUACGAGUAAACAGUUGAGAUCUGGGCCUGAAUCAAAGUUGUCUUCCAAUACGUCAGUGCAACCUUCCCGACAAAGAUCGAUGCAGGUUACAUCAGAGCAGUUGUUCAUCAAGCCUACUACACCAGGUCUUAAGCGGAGAGAUUCUUUUGGAUCACGUAAAUCUUUUAACGAGGACUUCAAUGAAUCUGGCAUAUUGCUUAGGAGUUCAAAAAGUGUGCCAAACCUGAGCGAUUCGUCUAAGUUCAUUACACCGAAGUCUCCCUUGCCUACAACACCUGGUCAGAGACCAACAUCAACACGCACACCAAAGUCACUUGCUGCUUCUCAAAGCUCAUCUCUGAAGAAAUCAUAUAGAGAAGAAAGCAAAGGUUCAGACAUGGGUUCCUCAAUGGAGCAAUGUACUGGGAGGCCUAAAGGGGCUCGGGUAGUACCGUCUCGAUUUCGAGAAGCUGCAGCCGUGAAGAAGAAAUUGGUCAGUAAGGGUCCUGAGAAAAGUUCAGAAUCUGUCUUAAAAUCAGGAUUAAGCAUGAAGAAAAAAUGUGUGGACCUUCACUCUACAGGACUUGAAGAAAGCGCAUUUAUGCCAUCUCUGAACUGGGAUUUGUCAGCCAUGAAACCUGAAUUUUCUGCAAUUGAAAUACCAGAAUGUACUAAUUCUGUUCUCGAAGCAGUUUUGUCUCCAACACUGACUGAAGAUGAUGCAGCUGAAGUGCAUAAUUUUGAUGCAUUGCUUUACUCCUACCUGGCUUCCAAGAGGGAAAAUAACCUGGCAAAAUACCAAGAAAGGGCAGAAGAGUGCUUGCUUCAGAUUGAAGAGGAAAACCAGCAUUUACGGAAAGAAAUAUUUCAACAGAAACAGAAUCUCAUUUUGCUGGAGAAGAACAAAGUACUGGAUGGGGUGGUAGAACAACAGUUGGAGCAUUUAAGACCUGUGGUGGCAUCUAUUCAGCAGUUCAAAACACAAUACAAAGCCUUCAGUAAUGCUCUUGAUACAACAAGGCAUAGCCUUCAAACAAAGAACAUUUAUAUAUCGGAAGAUCUGCAGAAGUUUUUGGAGGAAUUGAAAGUUCAUCUAAGAACAACAUAUCAGAUUUUGGGUGAACUUGGACCUGACAGACAAAAUUCAAAAACUGGAACCGAACUUGGAAAAGUAGCUGCACUGACUGAUACGGAGAUGAAAAGUUUCUUUGUGAAGAUUGAGGAACUGGCCUCUAGCAUCAGCAGAGAGACUACGAUGCUGCAUCAAGAAUUGGACGAAGAAGCCUUGGGGAUGGAAGUAUCAGCAAAAUGAAUUUUCACUUAGCCUAUUUCCCUUUUAUAAAUAACACUUCAUUUAUGUAUAAUAAAAUCUAUCAUCUUGUAUUAUCUAUGCAAUCAGCCAACAAAUGUUCUUUUUUGGAUAUGAUCCGGAAGAUGAGCGUGUAGUGCUUGUUAUAAUAAAAUAAAGAACUGCAGAGUCUAUAGAUCUGAAACAAACACAAAUUGUUGAUGAAAAUGAGCAGGUCUGGCAGUGUGUGGGGGAAGAAAGCAGAGUUAACGUUUCAAGUCCAAUGAAUCUUCAGAACAGGACUGAAAACAUUAACUCUGCUUUCUUCCCACAGAUACUGCCAGACCUGCUGAGUUUCACUAGCAGUUUCUACAUUUUUUUUUGUGCUAGUUAACCUACGUAAAAUUGACUGAUUGUCGCUCUGCAUUCCUUAGUUUGCAUCAGUUGAGUUGCGAGAGUGAUUUAUUUUUUCCUAGUGUCCUGUUUUAAGGAAUAAAAAAAUCCUGAUGUGGUUGUUUCUGGGCAGUCUCCUUGCAAAAUAAAACAUUUGUCCCUGGUUGGGUAAUCCAGCUGCCUGGUUUGAAGGUUCUAUGCCUCACAGAGGCAAACAAGGGUGAAAUAAUGAGUUUUUCUUUUGUGAAAACCAUUGUUGCACUUUUCAGGCAUGUUUCAUCUCUUUAAGGGCCUCUUUCUGCACAGUCUUUUAUCUUUAUGGUGUUUUGAACUGGACGUCUGAGAUUAGUCAUCAAUUAGUUUAAGCACUAAAGCUCAGUCAAAUGAAACUUCAGGGACAAGAUUACACAAACACAUCUCUUAGCUAACCAUUAUCCAGUAGUUUUAAUAAAUAGGGAAGUGACUGAAGAGAAGUGUACAAGUAUCUUCCUUUAGAAUAUUUGACAACUCUGGCUAUUUAAUGUCAUGUGUAUUCCCUUGAAGUUUCUUUAUUUCUGAUGUAAUAUGCUCCUUGUGCUGGUUCUAUGUAUCUUGCUUUUGCCAUAAUUACAUUUCACUCAGGUGUCCAAAAGUUCAUUAAUGGUGGCUCAAGGUGGAAAUGGAUUUGAAGAAAGGCAGUUUUGCACAUUUGCUAAUCCAGUCAGUCUUAUACUCCUUGCCUUCUAAAUAAAAUGAAACUCUAAAUCGUGUUUUUAAAAAAAAAUAUUGUUUUAA